CACUCCUCGGUGAGAUCAUGAGAUUACCCUGUGCUACACAUAAACCCCGGCUUCUAUCUCUUUCGCACUCAAAUUCUUGUUGAUCAGACUUGUCGGACACGACUGAGAGCAGCGACAGUCAUGACGACGAGAUUUCCGUCCAGAGCCCUAGUGCUCGCCUCGCUCGCCGCCUGCGGCAUCAUCGGGGGGUACAGCACAAUGAUCGCGGGGUCCAAAAAUGGAUUCUUUGAAGCCAUUGGAGCCUGUGCCCGGGGAACGACCGGAGAGCCGUACAUCCCGGGAGGUCCGGCGCCGUUCAAGACGAGCUACACGGGCAUUUCUGCCGUUGACAACCAGUUGUUGGUUCUUGUCACUUUCUUUGCGACUCUUAUCGAUGGCGAAAAGAGCUGGGCUGUCAGGCUGUCCUUGUGGUAUCUCAUGGUUCAGCUCUGGGCCGGGUGGUCCCUCCUAUCGCUCGAGGGGCUUAGGAAGGGCAAUAGAGGGAGGGUUGUGAGUUGGACCGGAACUAUGGGCAUCAUCUUCCAAAACAUCUCAUACACCAUUACCGUGCCCAUCUACCUCAUGAUCCACCUUCUCACGUCGCCACUCGCCCAGCCGACUCCCGGAUCCUCGCACCUCUUCACAGUUGACGACCUGGACCUCAAGCUCCUCCCCCUGUGCACCAUGGCAGCCCUGGUCAUCCCCUCCAUUGCCAUGGCCCUCCCUUCUCCAUCCUACGUCUCAGCAUCAACUCACUACACCUGGAUCGCCAUCUGGCAGGCCUUCCCACUCUGGCAGACCACCCUCCACUGGACACUCAAGCGAAUCCUCCCAUCCCCAACCGCCCCAACCCCCCGCAAACACCACCACCAAACCCCCACCGCCGCAAUCUACAAAAUCAUCCUCCUCCUCUCCGUCGCAAGCCAAUCAACCCUCCUCCUCAUCGCCCUCACCCCUCCCACAGCCGUCCCCGAGCAAUGGCGCCCCGUCUUCUCGGCCGUCACCGUAUCCUCGGCGUUCGUCCCCGCCCCGUUCUGGACACCGCCUACCACCACCGUCACCGCAGCCAUCCCCGCCGACGCCCUGCCGCCGCUGGCUCACUUCUUCCUCCAGUGGGAUGUCUACUGUGGCGGGGCCGCUGUCCUGCUCUGGGCUGUGUAUCUUCGCCGCGCGGCGGGUGGCGGAGGUGGAGGUGGGUGGGGGAGGGCGCUUGGUUGGGGGGUGCUUGGUGGGCCGGUUGCUGCGGCGGCGGUGUUGCUUUGGGAGAGGGAUGAGGUGGUUGGGCGGCGUGGGGAGGGGAAGGGUGAGUGAGCAAGUGGCUGCGAAGGUGUGUUUCCUGUGUCCUGUCUGGUUUGUUGAAGCAAGGGGUUGUUUUCAAGACGUUGUUGUAUUCCCUCUUGAGAGGUCUUCUAGAGGGUAUAGCGGGCCAGCUCCAGAGAGCGUAGAAGGUUGCAUCAAGCAAGACUAACCCGGAAUACUUUUCCCGCAUUUGAAAUGAGGAUCCAGGCGGACCGUCCAACGGACGGGACAUCUGUGGUAGCACAAGCGAUUGUGUGCUCGGUCCGGACGAGAGGCCGUGAAAUGCUACACCGGGUGCCCGAUCUGGCCAAUUGAGGCCACACGGCAGCGUGCAUUGC